AUGGCAGGUCACAGAUCUACGUUAAAGAAGGCCAACAAGGCGUUCAAGAGUCCGCAUUCUUCCAAACGUGCACUCAAGGCGCUGAAUAAGGGUAAGGUUGAAAAAACAGCAGCUAAUAACAAGGCUCUGAAGGUUCAAACUAGAGACCAACGUAAAAACCAGAGAAACCAGCUGAAGCUAAACAAAAUCAAGAAAACAUCUGAGGAACACGCACUAUUUACCUCUAAUAAGGUUGAGAGGGUCAUUACUAUUUUGCCGCUAACCAAAAACCAGUCUGUCCACGAUAUCAUCAACAAGUUAUUGAAGAACGAUGUUGAAUUUGAUAUCACUUCAGUUGCAGAAAAUAUAAUUACCGUCAGAGUUGACAAAUUCAAAUCGACUUUGAAAUUUGUUAUACCUGAUAUGGAUGACCUGCUAUCGAUUUUGGAUUCCUGUAAAGUAUCCGACUUUGUGUUGUUUGGACUUUCUGCAACUGAAGAAGUUGAGGGAAACUAUGGAGAACAAAUCAUCAGAGCCGUUGAAGCGCAAGGUGUAUCUAGUUGUUUUGCAGUAUUGCCAGAUAUUGUUUCUAGUUAUCCAAAGAAAAAUUUACAGCAGGACGUCUAUAAGUCUCUAUUUUCUUUUUAUCAACAUUUUUUCCCCAACGCCGAAAAGGCUUAUAUGCUAGAAAGUAAGAAUGAUUCAAUGAACUUAUUGAGAACUUUGUCUCAAAAGAUCCCAAAGGGCAUUCAUUGGAGAGACACCAGAGGUUAUCUCUUAGCCGAUCAUCUUGAUAAGGUGACUAUCAAUGACAACGAAGACCUUCUAACUAUUACAGGUAUUGUAAGAGGUACAGGAUUUAAUGUCAAUGGCUUGAUCCAUCUACCUGGGUUUGGAGAUUUUCAAAUUGAACAAAUUGAAAAGCUUGUUAAAAACAAUGAAAUUGAAUCAAUUACCCCUAGUGAAAGAGCAACUUUGAAUCCCUUACAAGAUUUUGAUGACGAAAAUAAUGAUUUAUCAAUGGAUGAAAUGGAUGAUGAUGAAUCACAUAGUGAAGUGGACGAAGAAGUUGAAGAUGACUGGGAUUUGGUUAAUAAGGAAAAACCAAAGGCCAGAACUAGAUUACCAAAGGGUAUGUCCGAAUAUCAAGCAAGAUGGUUGAAAGACGAAGAGAUUGAGAAAUUAAUUGAGGAGUAUGGAUUACAAGAACCCCAUGAGGAGUUAAACACUGAAGCUAAUUAUAAAGGAGAGGAGGAGAUAGAUAACAUGGAAAUUCAUGAACAAAAUGGCGAUAUUGAUGAUUCGGAAGAAGCAGGUAUGGAUAUGGAAUUGACCGCUGAAGACCGGGAAAGACAGUUACAAGAAUACAGAGAAAGAGAACGGGAUGAACUAGAGUUUCCUGAUGAAAUCGAGUUACGGUAUGAUGAAGUUGCAACUGAAAGAUUGUCCAAAUACAGGGGUGUCAAAUCUCUUGCAUCUGCUUUGUGGGAUUAUGAUGAACUUGAUGAAAGAAGACCUGUGCAUUGGCUGGAAUAUCUAAGGUUGAAGGGAUACAAAAUACAUAGAAACCAACUGAUAAAGAAAUUCAAAACUACUACAACUGUAGUUGCCGGCGAUAAGGUUAGAAUUAGUGUCAAAUUCAAUAAAGAAUUAUUCAUGAAGCUUGUGGAUCCAAAGAUGAAACCAUUCAUUGUUUAUGCUUUAUUACCAAAUGAAAAUAAACUGUCGGUAUGUAACUUUUCAAUCCAAACGUGGGAGUCUUACGAAGAACCAAUAAAAUCAAAAGAACCAAUGAUUGUUCAGUACGGCUUCCGUAGGUAUGCAAUUAACCCUCUGUUCUCUCAGCAUACUAGAAAUGCCAAUAAUGUCGCCAAGUUCCAAAGAUUUUUACACAAGGGACAAGUGGCAUUGGCUACUGCCAUUGUACCAACGUCAUUUACAAACUCCCCUGCCUUGUUUUUCAGAUGUGAUCAGAACAGUAAAAACCUUCAAAUAUUGUGCCAAGGUACCUUUGAAAAUACUGAUUUCACAAGAAUAUUGGCAAAGAGGGUUGUCAUCACUGGUGAAGUCUUCAAAAUUCACAAGAGUGUGGUUACAAUUAGAUUUAUGUUUCAUAACUCUCAUGACGUCAAUGCAUACAAGAAUGUCCCAUUAUUCACUAAGAUGGGCAGAUCUGGUUUCAUAAAGGAAGCGCUAGGUACCCAUGGGUUAUUCAAGGCCUCAUUUGAUGGUUCUUUGAAUCAACAAGAUAUCGUUGGUAUGGAGUUGUUCAAAAGAGUCUGGCCAAAGCAGGGGUCUCCUGUCGCAUUUUAA